CCGUUGUUCCUUCUUUUGAGAAAGUUCAUAGUACAAUUUUUCUUUAGAUCUAAACAGCGUUCCUGGCCGGAUCCUUUUUAAAUUCUGUUGGAGUGGAAUCGAAACAGUGCAAUUCCAAUCAAAUGUGAUUUGGCGGAAAUUAAAGCAUCUUAGCAACAAUAAGGUUUUACUAGUUCCUUUAUCAUUUCAAGUACUUAUCAGCCAAGCUGGGCCAACUUCUGCUGACACACUAAUCAUGGGUAAUUGCUGCUCCGACGUCGGCGGCGGUAUGACAGCUGUCGGCGGAACUGCCGCUUCGGCCACCACUGACUCUCCAAAUCAAGCCGUUGACUUAUUCUUUAAGUCUCGGGGCUUCGUCGGUCUCUUCUCUCCGAUCGAGUUAUCAUUUUCGGCUAGUGACUUGCGUGACCGGGAUUACCUCUCCAAGAGUGAUCCCAUGCUGGUGAUUUAUACAAAAGCUAGAGAUGGAGCAGUUAUCGAAGUAGGCCGUACUGAAGUAGUCCUUAAUUCUCUGAGUCCAGCAUGGAUUACAAAAUAUACUAUCUCAUAUCAAUUUGAAGUUGUGCAAACCUUACAAUUUCGAAUAUAUGAUGUUGACACUCAGUUUCACAAUGCAGAUGUAAAGAUGCUUAAGUUGGAGGAGCAACAAUUUCUUGGUGAGGCUACUUGUACAUUAUCAGAGAUUGUCACCAAACCAAACAGGUCACUGACCUUAGGACUUGUACGCAGAGAAGAUUCUAUCACAUCAACCCGUUCACAACACCUUGGAAAACUUACUGUGCAUGCCGAAGAAUGCUUAGAAUCAAAGGCUACAACAGAGCUGAUAUUAAGAUGUUCAGAUUUGGAAUAUAAGGAUCUCUUCUCUAGGAAUGACCCCUUUCUGGUAAUAUCAAAAAUCACGGACGGUGGGGUGCCUAUCCCUGUGUGUAAAACAGAGGUCUUGAAGAAUGAAACGAAACCAGUAUGGAAACCAGUGUUUUUGAAUAUUCAGCAAGUUGGAAGCAAGGAUAGUCCAUUAAUAAUAGAGUUCUUUAACUUCAAUAAUAGUGGAAAGCAUGAUUUGAUUGGAAAGGUUCAGAAAUCACUAGCAGACUUGGAAAAGCUUCAUUCUAAUGGGCAAGGAGAGCAUUUGUUUCUACCAACAACAGUUGGGCAUAAUUACCACAGCAAGAUUCUAAAGAGCCAGCUUUUUGUGGAUAAGUUUUCAGAGCGUGUUCAAUAUACUUUCCUUGAUUACUUGGCUGGGGGAUUUGAACUGAAUUUUAUGGUGGCUGUUGAUUUCACUGCUUCAAAUGGAAAUCCCCGGCUUCCUGAUUCCUUGCAUUAUAUUGAUCCCUCAGGGAGGCCAAAUGCAUAUCAAAGAGCAAUCUUAGAGGUUGGAGAGGUAUUGCAAUUUUAUGAUACAGAUAAACGCUUUCCUGCUUGGGGUUUUGGAGCACGGCCAAUUGACGGUCCUGUUUCACAUUGCUUCAACUUAAAUGGAAGCAGUACUUAUUGUGAGGUGGAAGGAAUUCACGGAAUUCUGACAGCAUAUACAAGUGCCCUCUUUAAUGUAUCUCUAGCUGGGCCAACACUUUUUGGACCUGUUAUUAGCCAUGCUGCACAAAUUGCUGGCCAAUCUCUUGCCAAUCAUGAUAGAAAAUACUUUAUUUUGUUGAUAAUCACGGAUGGAGUAGUAACAGAUCUCCAAGAAACCAAGGAUGCCCUGGUGAAAGCAUCUAUCCUGCCAUUGUCAAUCCUCAUUGUGGGAGUAGGAGGGGCCGACUUCAAAGAAAUGGAGAUUUUAGAUGCAGACAAGGGAGAGAGACUUGAGAGUUCAACUGGGCGUCUUGCUUCUCGUGAUAUAGUUCAAUUCGUUCCUCUUAAGGAUGUACAGAGCGGAGAGGUUUCUGUUGUGCAAGCACUUUUAGCUGAGUUGCCAACUCAGUUUUUAACCUACAUGCGGGCCCAAGAGAUACAACCAAGUUUUUGAACUGUAUAAAGAUGUACAUAUUGAAAUUUAAGUUUCUAUCGCUGAUUUUCAUGCCAUGAAUUUCCCCUUCUGUCACCACACGAAUGCCACACGAUGGUCAUUAGAAAAGUCUGCAUUUUGGUUACCCCAUUGAUCCAAAAAUUAAUCAAGCAGCAGACAAAAGGUUGCCACCAGUCAGCUCCAGUUGGGUGCAUAUUUCUUUGCCAUGUUCAUUAGUGAGGGACUUAAUAGUUCAACCUGGCCGCCAGUUUAACCGGAGUAAUCUUUUCUGGGAUUGGCAUCAACUGCGGCAGUAUCAAUUGGAGGCCUUUACAGAAUUACAGUUGAGCAACAAAUGUAUUGUCUUCUCCGGUUUACAGCCAAUGGACCUUUCGUAUCUCAAAUCAUGGCAAGCAUGUUUUCGCAGUUUUCUGGUGUAAGGGUUUCAGCUUAUAUCCAGUUUCUCAUGUCUUGGGACUUAUGUAGCACAAGUGGUCGACUCAAGAAAUUGAACAGUGUAACCAAAUACGGAUUCUUGUUACCUAUUUUGUUCAUUCAAAAACUUCUUUCAACGUUAAUAAUCUUAUCACUCACGGUACAUUUUCUGGAUAA